AUGUUUAAACGUAAAGUAGAAGAGCUGUUCCCAGACUUGGACUUCAGUAAUGUUAGAAUAGACGAAGACGAUGUGGCCCAGACCCCCUUAGAUGAAGGGGUUGACGAAGAAGACCUUGCCUUGAGCGAUUUAUUUGAUAAUCUUUUACUCAUAGAUCCUCCAAGUGAAGAAACAUUUUUUGUUAAUCCUAAUGUUGAGCCUGAAUCAUCUUCUAUUGACCCCUCUACCCAACCUAUUACUCCCCCUCCUAGACCACCCUUGGCCAAAAGUAGUAGUGUUGGGAGAGCACAAUCAAAGGCCUGGGAUCAUUUUGAAAAGAUUAAGGGUAUUGAUGGGAAAGAUAGGGCUAUGUGCAAGUAUUGUAAGAAAGAAUAUAUGGCAAGCUCUAAGAGUCAUGAAACAAGUAAUUUAUUGACUCAUUUGAAAAAUUGUACAAAGUACCCAUAUAGGGAUACUCAAGGGCAACAAACAUUGGGAUUUAAACCAAGACAAGUUGAUGGGGAGGGUGAUGUUGAUGUUGUGGCUACAUCAUUUUCUAUAGAAGUUAGUAGGAGGUAUCUUGCCGAGAUGAUAGUAAUUGAUGAAUUGCCUUUUAAAUUUGUGGAUGGGGUUGGUUUUAAAAGGUUUUGUAAUGUCAUGCAACCCAAGUUCAAGAUUCCAUCUCGACAUACCGUAGCUAGGGACAUUGUAGACCUAUACACUAAUGAAAAAGAGAGGUUGAAGAAACUUAAGUUACAAAAGAGGAUCAUUAAUUUUUGGCAAGUUGAAGACCACAAAGGAGAAACUCUUGGGAAAAAAAUUGAGGCACUCUUAAAAGAGUGGGACAUUGAUGGGCUUUUUACCUUAACUGUUGACAAUGCGAGUUCUAAUAAUCUAACCAUUAGAUUCUUGAAACGAACUACAAAACUGUGGAAGGGAACUGUUUUGGGUCAUGAGUUUUUACAUAUGCGUUGUUGUGCGCAUAUUCUAAAUCUCAUUGUUAGUGAUGGAUUGAAGGAUCUUGAGUCUUGUAUAGCGAAUGUGAGGCAUGCAGUGAGAUAUGUGAGGUCUUCUCCAAACCGUCUUGACACUUUUAAAAAGUAUGUGGAAAGUUUGAAAAUUGAGAGUAAGAGUCUCUUGUGCUUAGAUGUGCCAACACGGUGGAAUUCCACAUACCUUAUGUUGGAGGCGGCGGAAAAAUUUGAGAGUGCGUUUCAAAGAAUGGGUGAGGAGGACUACAAUUAUAAACACUAUUUUUUGGAUAAUGAAGGGGUGGAGAGGAGAGAGAUGCCUACAGCUGAGGAUUGGGAUAAUUGUAGGGUGUUUUUGAAAUUUCUUAAAAUGUUUUACAAUGCAACAAAGAGAUUUUCUGGGUCUUUAUUUGUUACUUCAAAUACAUUCUACGCGGAAUUUUUUGUCAUUGAAAACAUGAUUGGACAAUUAAUCAAAGACAAUGAUCCUAUUUUGUCUUCAAUGGAAGAGAAAAUGAAAAAGAAGUUUGACAAGUAUUGGGGAAAUAGGGAUAAAAUCAAUCUUCUUUUGUAUGUUGUGGUUGUGCUUGAUCCUAGAAGGAAAAUGACAUAUUUGCAAUUUUGUUUUUCAACAAUUUUUGGUGGGGAUGUGGUGAAAGUGAAAGAAAUGUUAGACAAGGUGAAACAUUGUUUGACUUAA